AUGUCCGAAGAAUACCGCAGCUCUAUCACAUCUCGACCGACGUUCAAUCGGACCACGACGUCCAGCACCCAGAACUACUCUACACCCGGUUCUGGGAAUCGUGUGCUGAAAAUUGUCACCGAGAUGUCAUCGUCUUCCGUAACCAGCGGUUUAUCGCCAUACGGUCAGAAUGCCGCCUCAACCAUUCGUGAUGCACGUGAGAGGGAAAAGAAAGAAAUGAGUGACCUCAACGACAAACUCGCUAGCUACAUUGAGAAGGUUCGUUUCUUGGAAGCACAAAAUCGCAAGUUGUCUGCUGAUCUAGAAAUGUUACGCUCUCGAUGGGGUAAGGAUACCAGCAGCGUUCGUAGCAUGUAUGAGGGUGAACUUAGUCAAGCGAAAAAGCUGAUCACCCAAACCGGUAAGGAGAAGGACGAUUUGGAAAAGGAAAUUCGUAAACUUCAAGAUGAACUGAAUGAGUUCCGUCGAAAAUUUGAAGAAGCUACAAAAGCUCGUCUUGAAGACCGUGAAAAAAUUGACGAACUUCUUGUGAAAUUAUCAAAUAUUGAAGCUGAGAUUAACCUUCUCAAAAGACGAAUUGCUCUUCUUGAAGAAGAGAUUUCUCGCCUUAAGAAGGAGAAUAUGCGACUUAUGGCCGAACUUCAACGUGCAAGAACGGACCUCGAUCAGGAGACGCUGAAUCGUAUCGACUAUCAGAAUCAAGUCGCUACACUUCUUGAGGAGAUUGAUUUCAUCAAGAGAGUACACGAUCAAGAAAUCAAGGAGCUGCAAGCGAUGGCAGCGCGUGACACAACGAGCGAAAAUCGCGAGUUCUUCAAGAACGAACUCGCAUCUGCGAUUAGAGAUAUUAGAAAUGAAUACGAUCAGAUGAUGAACACCAACCGUAACGACAUGGAGUCUUGGUACAAGCUGAAGGUACAGGAGAUCCAGACACAGAGCGCUCGCCAGAACAUGGAACAAGGUUACCAGAAGGACGAGGUCAAACGUCUUCGUACACAGCUUACGGACUUGCGCGGAAAAUUGGCUGAUUUGGAAGGAAGAAACGCCCUCCUAGAGAAGCAAAUCCAAGAGCUCAACUACCAGCUGGAAGAUGACCAACGCUCCUACGAGGCCGCUCUCAAUGAUCGUGACGCACAGAUCCGUAAGAUGCGUGAAGAAUGCCAGGCCCUCAUGGUUGAACUGCAAAUGUUACUCGAUACCAAACAGACCCUCGAUGCAGAAAUUGCGAUAUAUCGCAAAAUGCUCGAGGGAGAGGGAGACGGUCCCGGUCUUCGUCAACUCGUCGAACAAGUCGUUCGCACCACCGGAAUCAAUGAGGUUGCAGACACUGAAACGAUGCGUGUCGUCAAAGGUGAAACGUCCAGCAGAACUUCGUACACUCGUUCAGCGAAAGGAAACGUUUCCAUCCAGGAUCCAUCCCCUGAAGGCAAAUACGUUGUUCUCGAGAACACCCACCGCUCUAAAGAGGAACCCAUUGGAGAAUGGAAGCUCAAGAGGAAAAUCGAUGGAAAACGCGAAAUCGUGUACACUCUCCCUCAUGAUUUCAUUCUUCGUGCGGGAAAAAGCGUUAAGAUCUGGGCACGCGGCCAAGGUGGUAUCCACAACCCUCCGGAAUCGCUAGUGUUUGACAGCGAAGAUUCGUUUGGUGUCGGAUCGAACGUGCAGACGAUCCUCUACAACAAAGAGGGCGAGGAACGCGCCACACACAUUCAACGACAAAGUCAAAGCGCCACAUAA